AGCAUGGAGCGGGGCCUGGCCCUCCUGCCCCUCCUCGUGGGCGUCCUGCAGCAGGGCAGCAGCGAAGCCGGAGGUGAGCUCCUGGAGGUGUGGCCCCCCGAGCCGGUGGUGGCCCUGGGCGGGUUCCUGCAGCUCACCUGCCGUCUGAACUGCUCGGACGGGGCCAAGGCCUCUGUGCAGUGGAAGGGCCUGGACACCAGCCUGGGCUCCGUGAAGCAGGAGGCGGAGGGCAGCGUCCUGACCGUGCGCAAGGCCUCGCGGGUGGACGAGGGUACCAGGAUAUGCGAGGGCUCCUGCAGGGACACCCGCCACGUCAAGACUGUGCAGAUCGUGGUGUUCGCCUUCCCAGGCCAGCUGACUGUGUCCCCCCAGGCCCUGGUGGCUGGGCGGCGCCAGGAGGUGGCCUGCACCGCCCACAAUGUCACUCCCACUGACCCCAACAUCCUCUCCUUGUCCCUGCUCCUGGGGAACCGGGAGCUGGAGGGAGCUCAGGUUCUGAGCAGGGAAACAGAAGCGGAACCCCAAAGAGGUGAGGACGAACUGUAUCGAGUGACAAAGCAGUGGCGGCUGCCCCCCUUCGAGCCCCCCGUCCCGCCUGCCCUCCACUGCCAAGCCACCAUGAGGCUGCCGGGCUUGGAGCUGAGCCACCUGCUCCCCAUCCCAGUCCUGCCCAUCUCGACUACCAAGGAGCCCGAGGUUACAGCCUCCGUGCAGGCCCCCCCAGAGCAGGACUCCAGGCUCCCGUCUCCACCUGCCAGCCCCCCGAGUCCGGGCCCCACGCCUGGGAACACAUCCACCGGGCCCUGCCACCUCGAGAUCCGCCAGUUGCCAGUGCCAGGGGGUCUGGAGCUGCUGUGCGAGGCCACCUGCGGCCCAGGCGGGACCGUGCGCUGGACCCAGGCCCCCGGCGGGCUGGCGGCCUACAAGUGGCGAGAGGCCGGGACCCAGGCCUGGCUGAGCGUGCGGUGGGCCAGCUGCAGCCCCGAGGGCUGGUUCCAGUGCCAGCUGGACCCAGGGGGCCGGAGGGCCAACCUGUAUGUGGCCCCGGAAAUGUGUCGCCACCCAGUGUCCGCAGACCUGUGGACAAGCAGCUUGGUGCUGGGGCUGCUUCUGCUGGCCCUCCUCGCCUGCCACCUGAGGCGCCGCUGCCGCUGCCGGCAUGCCCACUGACACCCCACAGCUGCCCUGGGCCCCUGCCCAGCCGGCCGGCGCAGGCAACAGCAGCCCCCUCUGCUCGGCUGCAGCCAGAGGACCUGGCGGGGUUCUGAGCAGCACAGGGCGGGCAGGGACCGUGCACUGCUGGCCAGCACCUGCGCUUCCUCCCUGCCUGCGUCCCCUCGGCGGCCCGGUCAGGACAGGGCUGGAGAAUAAACAGUAUCUCA